AACCCCGCCACAACACAGUCCCACCACCGACUAAAUUGUCACAGCAAAGCUUUCUUCUUUCUACGGUGUUCCGUCCUUCUCUUACGUCUUCUAUUUAUACUUUCCUCCACCUUUUUCCCUCUUUUCUCUUUCUUUCUCCGUCGAAUUUCGAAUUCUAGGGUUAAGGUUUGAUGAUCGCAUUCUGAGCAAAACGCCCAAUUUUUCUUCUAAGAUCAUCAAACCUUUCAUAUAUUCAAUCAACAAUGUACGCAUUCAAGGAGAAAGUUACUGAGAAAUUAUCUCGAUUUUUGGCUGAUUCUCCUUCUCCAACUCCCGCUCAACUUCAGGAAUCUCCUCAGGUCGAUUCAUACUCAAAGGGAGCAAAAUCUUUGUCGUCCUUAUUCACCUUUAUCCACCCUUCCUUUCCCAUUAAAAAGUCGCAGGCUGAUUUUAAAGCAGUGCAAUCUUCUCCCACCAGAUGGAGAAAUAGCAAUUGUUCUUGGCAAAGUCAAAACACGGACUUGCAGGCAGAAGGGAUUCCAAGGGAUGAAUGUAGAGAACCAACUAUAUAUAAUGAGCACGAGAGCCCUGUUUCUGCCAGCAGUACUUGUGAACCAGAGAUGUUUGAGGAUGCAUUUGAGCCUCAGAGCCCUUGGAAGCUUAUGCCUAAUUUGACUGAUGAUUCUUCAUUAAUUAAUGUGGAAUUAUAUGAGUUUCUUCAGGCUUCCCUUCCUAAUAUCGUGAAAGGUUGUCAAUGGGUAUUGCUUUAUAGUACUUUAAAACAUGGUAUUUCACUUCGCACUCUGAUACGGAGAAGUGCUGAUAUUUCUGGUCCUGCCUUAUUGAUUGUCGGAGAUAGAAAGGGUGCUGUAUUUGGUGGGCUCCUUGAUUGUCCUCUUAAACCUUGUCCAAAGCGGAAAUACCAAGGAACAAACCAUUCUUUUGUUUUUACGACUAAAUUUGGUGCACCAAGGCUGUUUAGAGCAACAGGUGCCAACCGAUACUUCUAUCUGUGCCUGAACGACUUACUAGCAUUUGGUGGGGGAGGCAACUUUGCAUUGUCCUUGGAUGAAGAUUUGUUGGCUGGAAGCAGUGGGCCUUGCCAGACUUUUGGGAACACAUGCUUGGCUCAUGAUUCAGGAUUUGAAUUGAAAAAUGUUGAGUUCACAGCAUGUUUAUUUUGAACCUCGGAUGCGGUCCUGGCAAUGUUUGCAAUAAGCUCAAAAACCUGUACAAUGUGGUCACAGAGGGUUGAUGUGCCAAGAUAUAAUAACAUGGAUCACAGCUGUUGUAACAAACUAAAAAUUACCACGAAAGGGCGUCCUAGGAAAAUAGACUAGCCUUCAAUUUUUUUCCCUUUUACUGUGGAAUGUUUUGUAAAGAUCAAUCCUUUUAAACUGAGAUAGCAUAUAUUGGAGGGAAAAAUUAUGAUUGAAAUUAAGAGUAAGAGCUUGUAUUUUGUGGUUGAAAAUACAUGAUUGGAGAUCCUGUGAUGGAUUAGAAUUUUAUUUGGCAUUAUUGGUCUGCCUAUUGCCUUGUUGCACAUUAGAAUUGCAUACUUGUGGGCUUCCUGAAUUCCUAUGGCCCUGUCAUGAGAGAGCCUCACAGGUGUUACCUGAUUCGCUAAUUUCCCUCCAAAUUGCGAAUUGAGACAGACGAAUUAUGAUCGGUUUUGGUUUAUCUUUGGCCCAUUGGGGGUGAAUUGCAAAUUUAAAAGGCGAAUCAGAUAGCGAAUUAGGUAACACUCAUUUUACUCUCUUAUGCUGUCAUGGGUUCCUUUGUUUUGCGGCUGUGCAUAUCAUGCUUCCCUGGUGGGAUCUGUGCUGUGCUAAGUUGGUUUGUUAGUUUCUUCAAUCAGUCAUGACAGAGUCUCACAGGUGUUACCUGAUUCGCUAAUUUCCCUCCAAAUUGCGAAUUGAGACAGACGAAUUAUGAUCGGUUUUGGUUUAUCUUUGGCCCAUUGGGGGUGAA